CACCACCACGAGGAAGAUCCCUUGCUCUCGUUGCUUUUGUUUUGUAUUGUGCAGGUUUUGUGCACUUCAUAGUAUCUUUUUACUAAAGCGAGGUAACAAUCUCGUUUCCCAGAGUAAAAACGAAAGCAAAGAAGUAACAUCUUUCUGCAGGUGUUUUUGCACGAAUCCACGGCAUUGCAUCUUGCAUAAUCCAGACAAUAGGCUAUGUCUCAAGACAGUCAGCAUGGCAAGUGGAGCAUCUCAAGUAGUGAAGAUGAGGACGAAUGCCUUCCUCCUUCUGGAACCACAACAAAAAGUGCCAAGACCAUGUUUUUGCAGUCUCCAUCACCCCCUAAAACAGACUUAGUUUCUGCCAUAGGUGAAGUUAAACCUGAACAAUGUGACUCUUCCAUAUCUACACUUUUUAUUGGAUCUGAGGCCAGAAAGUCUGCUACCUCAAACCAACUAAACCCUGUCAAGUUUGAAACCAGUCCAUCGCUGGCUGGAAAGAGGAAGAAAGAGGUGCCAGAGGGGUCAGGGUGGGCUCUGUCUGAUAGUGAUGAUGAUGAUCUUCAUGUUAAAAAGAAAACAGUCAACAAUAAUUUUCCCAAGAAAGAGCAUUCAAGCCCUCAAGCCAAAAAGCAGAAGGCAGCAAAUGAACGCCCACCCAGUCCCCAUGGUCGAGUGUACUACAUAGAUGAGCCAGAGGACUUUUUUGAGUCCACUUUGCCCUGUCUAAAUGAUACCUAUGGCUUCUACCUCAACAAAGUAACUGGGCUGGACGAAAAGUACAACAAUGGCGCUCUGCAUAUCAGAGACAUCCUCUCACCGUUGUUUGGAACUUUGAAGGAAUCUGUUCAGUUCAACUACUGCUUUGAUGUAGCUUGGAUGGUUGAGCAAUACCCAAAGGAGUUCAGAGACUGUCCUGUUCUCAUCGUCCAUGGAGACAAAAGAGAGGCCAAAGCUCGGCUUGUCCGUGAUGCUCAACCCUACCCUCAUGUUAAAUUAUGCCAGGCUAAAUUGGAUAUUGCAUUUGGAACUCACCACACGAAGAUGAUGUUGCUGUGGUAUGAAGAAGGUUUCAGAAUCAUAAUUCUGACAUCCAACAUGAUUAGAGCAGACUGGUACCAGAAAACUCAAGGGAUGUGGAUGAGUCCUCUGUUUCCACGGUUACCAAAGGACAACAGUAAUUCAGGGGAGUCACCCACCUUCUUCAAGAGGGAUUUGCUUGAGUAUCUUGCAACAUACAGAGCGCCUGAACUUGAGGAAUGGAUUCAACGUAUCAAAGAACAUGACCUUUCAGAGACCAAAGUGUAUUUAAUUGGUUCAACUCCAGGGAGAUAUGUGGGACCAGACAUGGACCGAUGGGGCCAUCUCAGGCUGAGAAAGCUUUUGUACGACCAUACUACACCUAUUCCUGGUGAAGAACGGUGGCCAGUGGUUGGUCAGUUUUCCAGCAUCGGAUCCAUGGGAAUAGACAAAACCAAAUGGUUGACAGCAGAGUUUCAACGCACAUUAACUACUCUGGGGAAGUCCUCUCUCCGCUCAGAUCCCCCUCUUUAUUUGUUAUAUCCAUCAGUAGAAGAUGUGCGGACAAGUUUAGAAGGGUAUCCAGCUGGUGGUUCGCUUCCAUACAGCAUUCAGACAGCUCAGAAACAAUUAUGGCUUCACUCUUUUUUUCACCGGUGGAAGGCAGACACAACAGGAAGGACUCAUGCCAUGCCUCACAUUAAGACAUAUAUGAGAGUUUCUCCAGAUUUCUCUGAGCUUGCCUGGUAUUGCAUAACGAGUGCAAACUUAUCAAAAGCUGCAUGGGGUGCACUGGAGAAGAAUAACACACAAAUAAUGGUCCGGUCCUAUGAGCUAGGGGUUCUCUUCUUGCCCUCAGCCUAUAAUAUGAAGACAUUCCCUAUACAGAGAAAUCCCUUUCCUGUUUCUUCACCUUCCACUGGAUUCCCUGUGCCCUUUGACCUUCCUCCAACAAGUUACACCUCCAAAGAUCAGCCAUGGAUCUGGAACAUAGCGUACACCCAGGCCCCGGACACACAUGGUAAUGUCUGGGUCCCUUCAUAAGUGCAUUUAUGAAGUUCUUCCACUAGACACUAGAAGACUUUUAAGAUGGUUAGAUGGAGACAGUUAUCUGUAAAUAUGUCCUUUUUCAUGUUUAGAUUUUUAAGCUACAUAGCUUAUGUAAAAACUAUACUUUUUAUAAUUUCUGUUUGUUCUGUUCUGUUUAGACGGCAUAUGUGGAUUUUGUACAAAUAAACAGUAACCACUUUUAAA